AGAUUUUGCGCAUCGUGAUUGGCCAACACAUUGCAAACUCCUGGAGGCCUACUAUCUUGUGAAUUGUUCGUAUUGGUGUUAACUAUUUACUUAUCUUCUUAAAAUUUAUCAUUAACCACUCGUUUGUGUUUGCAUUUCCAGUGUGACACGAACAAACAAGGAAAUGAACAAGAGAGAAUGCGUCUUUCAAAAUCCUGGGUUGAUUGUUAGCAAUAUGUAUUGAUAUUCCAUAACUGGUAUGAAAGUUCAGAUCGUCAGCUUAACAGUUUGUCAGCAAUUAAACAAUCAGGAAAUUACAGACACAUUAACCAUCAACUACAGAAAUGUGAAAAGAAAGAAAAAACUGCUUAUUUCCUCUUUCGUGUCGAAAUUUAGCUUUUUGUAAAAAUGUCAUAAUGUCAUAAUGUGAGGCUUACAAAACCUCACUCCAGCAAAAUGUCAUCAUUUACAGGAACUUGUGGUUAGUCGGUAAACAAGGAAAUCGACAAAGGAUUUGUGUUACAAUUACCCUCGGAAUUGUUGGAAAUAUAUCUAGGUUUCUGGAUUAACCUGUGAUGUGUCUACAAAAGUUUCCUAUAAAUACAUGGAGAAAGUAAAAUACAGACAGAUUGUAUCGUGCCGCAGUAGCUGCAACCAGCGUGGUGAAGACGUCCGUUAGACUGAUCUUGGUUGGAGCCUUGUGAGAGUCUCAUAAUGCCUUGCUGCGUGAUGACGUUCACAUUUUUGGUCUUGACUGCCAUAAUGGUGGGAACCAGUGAGGCAGCAGUGACAUGCAAGGGUGCUAAUGGAUAUCCAGUUGAUUGGUUUAUUGUGUACAAACUUCCUCAAGACUCAAGCAGCUCCGUACAGGUGAUUAAAGAUGGAUACGGUCAGAUGUACAUGGACGUCAACAAUCCAGUCUUGACUCUUUCCAGUGCCUCGCUCAAAGACACCAACCAUGCCAUUGCAUACACACUGGAAGAGAUCUAUCGAAACCAAGAAAAUGAUGAUUUGGCACAUGUGAUGUACAAUGAUCAACCGCCUCCAAGCAAAGAAAUCCAGACAGGUCUUAAUGGGCAUACUAAGGGUGUCCUUGCCUUUGACGAUGACACUGGUUACUGGUUGGUUCACAGCGUACCUAAAUUUGCUCCACCUGCAUCCAAAGAAUACAAAUGGCCAGACAGUGCCAGACGAAAUGGCCAGACAUUGCUGUGCAUUACCUUCAAUUACAACCAGUUUGAAAAAAUUGGUCAGCAGUUGAAAUACAACCAUCCUUUAGUCUAUAACUAUGACCUCCCCCCUGACCUGGCUAAAGACAACCCCAGCAUCAAGGAUGUGAUUAACGGUGUACAUGUAACAGUUGCUCCUUGGAAUCGUGCAUUGACUCUGCAGUCCAAAGAUGGGCAGACAUUUGUCAGCUUCAACAAAGCUGGCAAGUUUUCAGCAGAUUUGUAUAAAGAUUGGCUUGCUCCUUAUUUCAAGAGUGGCCUGUACUGUGAGACAUGGCAGAACGGGAGGGCACGAAAACUGAACUCUUCUUGCGUUGGAGGCAUUGAUGUCUACAAUGUCAGAGAAGUGAGUCUGAGAGGUGGAAGCGAUUUCAAAGGCACCAAGGAUCACUCCAAGUGGGCAGUGACUACCAAGCCUGGCCUGAAGUGGACUUGCAUCGGAGGUAUCAAUCGUGUGACCUCACAAAUGUAUCGUGGUGGUGGCGCAGUCUGUAUUCAGAAUAAAGACGUCCACAAGGCCUUCCAUGAUGCUGUGACUGAUUAUCAACCAUGUUAAAGUGGAGUCCUCCAAGCCCUUUCGAUAUACCUUCAUAAUGACUUGACUAGUCUAAUGUGGUUCAUUUUGGAUAUACCUUCAUAAUGACAUGACUGGUCUAAUGUGGUUCAUUUUGGAUAUACCUUCAUAAUGACUUGACUGGUCUAAUGUGGUUCAUUUUG